AAAGUCUUCUAAGAGAAGAGGGGAAGCUCUUCUUUGGAGUUUGGACCAGUCCCUCUGCUUCUGCUUCACCUCCCAUUGUAUGUGUUACAUUUUCUCUCACAAAAAUACUCUCUCUCACAAAAAUACUCUCUCUCUAACUCUGAAAUAGAGGAAGCAGUGAUUUUUAUCAGAAACAAGUUUAAUGUCCACCCACCCUCUUCAAAACUAACCUUCUCUUUCUUUCUUUCAUUCUCUCUCUUCAAAAAAAUACAGCCAUUUGUUUCCUCUCAUUUUAGUAGAUCUAUUACCAAAUUUGAGAAGCCAAAAUGAGCAAAGAAGAGUUCUUAAAAAUUCAGACUUGUGUUCUUAAAGUGAAUAUACAUUGUGAUGGUUGUAAACAGAAAGUCAAAAAAAUCCUGCAGAAAAUUGAAGGGGUUUACAAGUUAAGUAUAGAUGCAGAGCAAGGCAAAGUAACGGUUUCAGGAAAUGUAGACCCAACAACACUCAUUAAGAAGCUCAAUAAGUCUGGUAAACAUGCAGAGCUUUGGGGCGCUCCGAAACCGAACAAUAAUAACAACCAAAAUCAAAUGAAAAACGUUGAUAAUGGUGGUAAAGGCGGAGGCGGCCAAAAUCCAAAUCAAAUUCAAAAUAAAAAUCAAAAUCAGCCGCAAAAGGGUGGUGGUGGAGUUCCUCAAAAUCAGCCGAAAGGUGGUGGUGGUGGAGGUGGAGGACCGCAGCAGCCGAACGCGCAACAGUUGCAGCAAAUGCAGCAACAGCAGCUGCAGCAAUUGCAGCAACAGAUGAAGGGGCUUGGAAUGGGUGGAGGAGAUCUGAAAAUGCCGCCACAAUUUCAAGGAAUGAAGAUGCCAUCGAAGGAUAAUCAGCCGCAGUUGCCGCAGCCGGGUGGGAAAGGAGUGAAGUUUAAUUUGCCGGAGGAUGAUUUGGAUGAUGAUGAUGAUUAUGACGAUGAUGAUUAUGAUGAUGAUGAUUUUACGGAUGAUGAUGAGUUUGAGGAUGUCGGUAAGAUGAAACCGAUGGGGUUAGGUGGUGGUGGUGGUCCGCCGCCGAAUAUGAUGAUGAAUGGUGGUGGUGGUCCGGGUGGUGGGAUGAUGAAUCCGCAGUUGAUGAAUGCUAUUGCUCAGGCGAAGGCAAAUGCUGCGGCUGGGAAUGGUGGUGGGAUGAUGAAUCCUCAAUUGAUGAAUGCUAUUGCUCAAGCAAAGGCUAAUAAUGGUGGUGGUGGUGGGGGGGGUGGCGGUGGUGGAGGCGGUGGUGGUAAUAAUGGUAAAAAAGGCGGUGGAGGUGGAGGCGGAGGUGGAGGAGGUAAUAUUCCGAUUCAGAUGAAUGGGGGUAAAAAGGGGGGAGGAAAUGGAGGAGGAAAUAAUAAUCAAAAUCAAGGGGGUGGAAAACAAGGUGGUGGUGGUGGUGGUGGUGGUGGGGGUGGUAAACAAGGUGGUGGGCCAAUGCCGGUUGAUCCUAAAAAUGGUGGUAAAAAUGGGAAUGGGCAACCUCAUGGCGGUGGCGGGAACAUGAUGAUGAUGAUGAAUGGUGGUGGUGGGGGGAAGAAAGGUGGUGGAUUACCACCUAAUCAUCAUGGCAUGGGAGGAAAUGGAAUGAAUAACAAUCCAAAUGGAGGAGGGUUCAAUCAUGGCAUGGGGGGCAUGCCAGCUCAUCAUGUGGGUGGUGCCCCCAAUAUGGGCCAAAUGCCACCAGUAGCCCAAAUGGCUAACAUGCAAAUGGGCCCUAUGGGCUCGAUCCCGGCCGUUCAAGGGUUGCCAGCUGGCACCACAGCAACCGCUGGACCCGCGUACUACCAUGGGGGCCCACCGCCGGAAAUGAUGGGCCCGAACCCCGGGAACCCGUACCACCAACAAAUGUUGGCUCAAAUGAUGAUGAACCAACAACGAGCCAAUGGGAACGAGCGGUUUCAGCCCAUGAUGUACGCCCGGCCACCACCUGCUAUGCAUUAUAUGCCCCCUUACCCACCACCGCCCGACCCCUAUACUCACUAUUUCAGUGAUGAAAACACCUCAUCAAGUUGCAAUGUAAUGUGAUAAAAAAAUUUGCCAAAAGAACAUGAGAGGGUGGUGUUUGUUCCUUGUUUGGUCAUGAAUCUCGGUGAACAAGGGUAGUUCUUUGCUCAAAGGGCAUGCGGAAUCUUGAUAGUUUGAU